AAACAGGCUGGACCAAUCCCAUUUUACGAAUUCCCAUUUGCCAUCAGGAGCUACUUACAGAGGAGAAGAACCUGUUCCUGAGCUGCACAAACCCUACACUCCUCAGGUCACAGCAAGUCAGCUUGGCUCUGGUUUAAAAGAGCUGCAGACAAAUGAAGAGCCACAGAGUAUGGCAGGGUCCUGUUUCAGCAGCACUGAGUACAUUUCUCUACAGAUCAGGGGCAAAUGUAUCAUGCUUUCAGGUGUCUGCUUUUGAAAGCACUGUCUUCUGGACUCUAAUACUGCUAAAGGCAGAAGCACUUGCCAACAAAGAUGACCACAUCAAUCCACAACCUUACAUUUAACAGGCUGCUAUAAAAAGGUCAGUUAGAAGUAGGCUUCCUUGCUUGUCACUGAUUUCUGCAUGACUAAGAGGAAAGAACUACUUCCUGAAAGUUAGAUGGGGAAGAAGGCUAUGAGUCGUCCUCAGUUCAGAGUACCAUUUUAAAAUCAGCAGCAAGAGGAAAGAAAGAAAAGGGGGAACAAGGAUGUCAGAAAAACUCAUUUAUGCUGACUUGAACUUGACUGAAUCAACCCGGCCCAAACUACAGAAGGUCACCGAUGUCCAAGAUUCUACAUAUGCAGAAGUGAAAGUGCAGUCCCUAGACAGAAGUGCUGCAGUUAGCUACACGUCAUCUGGUAAAAGCUGUUGCUCCAGAACACGUGUUGCUGUAUUGGUUGCUGUGAUAAUCCUCCUAUUGGUCUUAGCAGUGUGUCUGAUACUCAUGUAUCAUCCAACUGCAAGCAGACCAGCUGACUCAAAAACCUUCUCCAUCACCUGUGAAGAUGCACAUGCACUAGGGCUGGAAUUAACUACAGAGAAUGGCAAGGAUCCCACGUGGUAUGGUGAAAAUCAAAAGCAGAACCACAAAGGCUGCCCCAAACACUGGGAAAAAUAUGGGGGAAAAUGCUACUUCUUUUCUCAAAGGCAGAAUAAAUCCAAUUGGAAUGACUCCCGUAAAGAAUGUACUGACAUGGAGGCUGACCUGGUCAUCAUUGACAACAAGGAUGAACUGAAUUUUCUUUACAAACGAUCUAGAAGUAGUUACUACUUACUUGGACUCACAUACUCUCACAGUGAGAAGAAGUGGAAGUGGAUUAACAACAUGGAACUUAGUUCAGACAUGUUUUGUAUAGGAGGAGAUUUUACUGACUAUUUCUGCACUGUCAUUGGACAUGGCAAAGUAGAAACUGCACCUUGCAGUGGAUCCUUAUCAACACAAAAUAUGUGCGAAAAAGCUGCAGAUAUUUCAGAAAUCCAGGAGAGCUAAAAAGGAAGAGAUCCAAGCAGCAAUGUGAUCCCCAGCUUUCUGUAGGAACGGCAGAUGGUAUUUGUGUCAUUUAUCUCUAGCUGUCUAAAUAUCUAGUCAAAGGGACUCUUACAGGAUCCCUCUAGACACCCUGCCAAGCAUAGCACAUUCUUUCCCAAGAUAUGUGGCUUAAGACUGGAUGGGUUCCCCUCUAGAAGGGCAUUUUCACACAUUAGGAGCCUGGGUGACUUCCUUAUACCAGAUGCCCAAGUUUCAGGCAGCCACUGUUAUAUGAGUCCAGCCUUAGGGAUAGGUGUGAUCACAGACAGAUCCUGUCUCUUAUAGACACAUGCAUAUGCACCCAUACAUUUAGAGCCCCGCUUAUGCACAAGGAGACACUUCAAAGCCUUGCCAUGCACUAGUCUUCCCUGCAGCCACAAGUGAAGGUUAGCACAUAUAUGUAUUUUUGAUCCUGUAGAAAAGUGCAACCACACUCACUGCCAUGUGUCAUAGAUAUGAUUGACAGGACAAAGUCAAAUGUGUGUGUGUAUAAACCUUACUCUGUAAAAAACUGUCUGUUAAAAACCACACUGGAUACC